AGGUUCACAGGGGACAGGCCAGCCAGGAGGUCAGGAGGCCCCAGAGGAGCACUGAAGGAGACCUGCCUGUGGGUCUCAAUUGCCCAGCUCCUACCCACACUCGGCUAUUGCCCUGACCUGAGUUAUCAUGUCUCUUGGGCAGAAGAGUCAGCCCGGCAAGCCUGAAGAAGACCUUCAGGCCCAAGGAGAGGCACCGGGGCUUGUGGAUGUGCAGGUUCCCACAGCUGAGGAGCAGGAGGCUACUUCCUCCUCCUCUACUCUGAUCACGGGAACCCUGGAGGAGGUGCCUGCUGCUGAGUUGCCGAGUCCUCCCGAGAUUCCUCAGGGUGCCUCCUCUUCCCUGAUUGUCACCGACACCCCCCUAGGGAGCCAAUCCAGUGAGGGUUCCAGCACCAAUGAAGUGGAGGGGCCAAGCACCUCGCCAGACCCAGCUCCCAUGGAAUCCCUGCUCUGGGAAGCACUUGAUGAGAAAGUGGAUGAGUUAGUGGGUUUCCUGCUCUGCAAGUAUCAAAUCAAGGAGCCAGUCACAAAGGCAGAAAUGCUGGAGAGUGUCAUCAAAAAUUACAGCAACUACUUUCCUAUGAUCUUCAGCAAAGCCUCUGAGUACAUGCAAGUGGUCUUUGGCAUUGAAGUGAAGGAAGUGGACCCCGCUGGCCACAUCUACUUCCUUGUCACCUGCCUGGGCCUCUCCUAUGAUGGUCUGCUGGGUGAUGAUCAGAGCACACCCAAGACCGGCCUCCUGAUAACGGUCCUUGGUAUGAUCGUAGUGAAGGGCAUCUGCGUCCCCGAGGAGGCAAUCUGGGAAGGGUUGAGUGAGAUGGGGCUGUAUGUUGGGAUGGAGCGUAGUAUCUAUGGGGAGCUCAGGAAGUUGCUCACCCAAGAUUGGGUGCAGGAAAAGUACCUCGACUACCGCCAGGUGCCCGGCAGUGAUCCUGCACGCUAUGAGUUCCUGUGGGGUCCAAGGGCCCUCGCGGAAACCAGCUAUGUGAAAGUCCUGGAGCAUGUGGCCAGGGUCGGUGCAAGAGUUCCUAUUCCCUACCCAUCCCAACCCAAUUAA